CCAAAAGUCACUCAAAAGGACAUAUCUUCUCAAUUUAGCAAGUGCCAAGUACCAAGAAUCAGACGGCGACCCAACCACCGUUACCAUGGACCAUUUCAGGCAGCAGACCAAGGAUCCUUGUGUCCUCACCACCGCUGCAGGCGUUCCAACAGGAGACAAGCUUAAUAUCUUAACUGUGGGCCCUCGGGGGCCACUGCUGGUCCAGGACACCGUAUUUAUCGAUGAGAUGGCCCAUUUUGACAGGGAAAGGAUCCCUGAAAGAGUAGUGCACGCUAAAGGAGCAGGAGCAUUUGGAUAUUUUGAAGUCACCCAUGACAUCACCCAGUACACGAAAGCCAAAGUGUUUGAGCGCGUUGGGAAGAAAACAGAUAUCGCUAUCAGGUUUUCUACUGUAGCCGGAGAAGCAGGAUCCGCCGACACCGUCCGCGACCCACGGGGAUUUGCAGUGAAGUUCUACACGGACGAAGGAAUUUGGGACCUGGUCGGUAACAACAUCCCGAUAUUCUUUAUUCGGGAUCCCAUUAUGUUUCCGUCCUUCAUCCACAGCCAGAAAAGGAACCCGCAGACACAUCUGAAGGACCCUGAUAUGGUGUGGGACUUCUGGAGCCUGAGACCGGAGUCACUGCAUCAGGUGACGUUUUUGUUUAGUGAUCGUGGCAUUCCCGAUGGAUACAGGUUUAUGAACGGCUAUGGAUCUCACACCUUCAAACUGGUGGAUCCCAAAGGAAAUGCCGUGUAUUGUAAAUUCCAUCUUAAGUCUGAUCAAGGUAUCAAGAAUCUGACAGUAGAAGAAGCAGACAAGCUGGCGGCCAAAGACCCCGAUUACGCAAUUCGGGACCUAUUCCAAGCCAUUGCUAAAAAGGACUUCCCAUCAUGGACCUUAAAAAUCCAGAUCAUGACAUUAGAGCAGGCCGAGAUCUGUCCCUUCAAUCCCUUCGACCUCACCAAGGUCUGGUCUCAUAAGGAUUACCCCCUGAUCCCCGUGGGUAAGCUGGUACUCAACAGGAAUCCUGAGAAUUACUUUGCCCAAGUGGAACAGAUUGCAUUUGACCCCAGCAACAUGCCGCCGGGGAUUGAGGCCAGCCCGGAUAAAAUGCUGCAGGGACGUCUCUUCUCCUACCCAGAUACACACAGACAUCGCCUUGGAGCUAAUUAUUUGCAUCUACCUGUCAACUGCCCCAGGAAGUUUGCACAUGUCUCCAACUAUCAGCAGGAUGGUCCUAUGUGCCUCUUCAGUGCUCCAUGUACUGUCCCAAAUUAUUACCCAAACAGCUUCAGUUCUCCGCGAGAUGAUCGCAAGUGCAAUGAAAGUGCCUUCCCCACCUCUGGAGACAUCACCCGCCAUGAUAGCUGUGAUGACGACAAUGUGUCUCAGGCAAGAAUUUUCUACAAUAAAACGCUGAAUGAAGACGAGCGCCAGAGAGUGUGCGAAAACAUCGCCCUAAGCCUGAAGGAUGCACAGAUCUUCAUCCAAGAAAGAGCACUGAAAAAUUUCCGAGCUGUGGACCCGGACUAUGGUGCCCGUAUCCAAACUCUGCUGGACAAGCACAACAAGGCUGGUGGAAAGAAGGAACCGCUGCAUAGUUACACUCGAUGUUCCUCCUGAAUGGACCAUGGGGACUGUGAAGGUGAUCUCAGAUAGAAGAUAACAGUUUCCCGACAAAUUUAACCCUUGCCGUACCUAUGGAAAUAUUGGAACCACAGAUCAUCUCACCAGACGUCCCGGGCUGCUGACGCAGCCUCAGCUUGUUUUACUGGAUUUACUUGGAAGAAAAAGUUUUAUAUAUAGAUAUUUUUUUU